AUGUGGUCGAAGGAACACCAUGGAGAUUCGAAUUUGUUACACCCAUUCGCUGUACAAGAUCAUUGCCUUGUGCUGCUUUUUGACCAUCGCUCUUUGUCUAUUAUAUCUAUUAAAUACGUCUUCGAAUAAAGGUAAUAAGGUUUAUCCGCCUACCACGCGAGUUUCUCGAGUUUCAAAGAAGUCUGGACCGCAGAAAUACUAUGUGAAAACAUCCAAGUGCCACAUUCCCUUCGUUGAUCCUUUUAACGACGAAGCUAUGGAAGUUUACAAACCCAAAACACUAAUCACCUGCUCGAGUGAGACCGAUCUCAUAUCAACAAAAUACAAUAAAGUUAUCAAACGGCAUGUUCUGCACAUCGACGACGAGGUCGCCCAAAAAUUGCUUAAUUUCACAGACACGGAAUACAAUUGCUUUUACCGCGAAAUACAAUAUGGAAAUUGUGUAGAUACUUACGACAAUCUUAAGGGCAAAAAGUAUUUCACGAGUGGUUACGAGGUGCCAGUCCACGUGGAGGGAAUAAUCGUCGAGUGCCAGACUGCUGAGGAUCCGAUAGUCGUCCUCCAGAAGGACGCCUUCACCUUCAUCCAGCAUCGGCCGCUGCCCAAGGACCUCAUUAAGCCCAGGGCAGCUCGGAAGCCCAGUGUGAUAAUGUACGGUAUUGACUCUCUUUCUCGGAUAAACUUACGCCGAACUAUGCCCAACGUUUUCAACUUUCUCCAGGGCCCAGGAUGGUACGAGAUGCAAGGAUACAAUAAGGUGGCCGACAACUCAUUUCCCAAUAUACUCGCUAUUCUUAGUGGAUAUUCGCCCAGUACGGCAAAAAAAAAUGUGUGCGAUACUGAUGAUGAAGGCUGCUUAGACAAAAUGCCCAUGAUAUGGAAGUAUUUCGAGAAUUCCAGUUAUUUGACAGGAUACGCGGAAGACGAAAGUACAUUUAAUCAUUUCACCUUCAAUAAGCCCGGAUUCUCCAAGAAGCCGGUAGACUACUACUUUCGCCCAUUGCUUAAGGCUCUGGAGUCCGAAAUGGAUGUGUACCGAUUGCCGGGAAAUAACAUCAUACGAUACUGCCUGGGACGCAGGAUAGCGAAUCGUUAUAUCUACGACUAUGCUCAGCAGUUCACGCAGCGUUUUGUGCACGAUCGACCCAUUUGGGGAAUGUUCUGGUCAACUCACUUUAGUCACGACGAUCCAUUUCUGCCGUCGUCUAUGCAGGAAAAGAUUAUUGGAGAUCUGCUCGAUAUGCAAGAGGAUGGAGCUUUGGAAGAAAUGAUAAUGAUAUUUUUCGCCGACCAUGGAACAAGAUUUGGCAAGUUGACUAAUCUGAAAGAGGGCUAUCUUGAAGAGCGGCUGCCCAUGAUGUUUAUAUAUCUGCCCCCCUGGUUCCGUGAGACAUAUCCAUCUUAUGUGAGGGCACUGGAGCUAAAUCAGCACAGGCUUAGUUCCAACUUUGACCUCCACAAUACACUCAAACAUAUCAUAGAGAUUGGAGGUACCCCAGAUGGUCAAAAGCUACCCAAGUCCUUCGACUGCCCCACCUGCCAGUCGCUAUUCUAUCCCCUGCCGGAGAGUCGUACCUGUUCGGAGGCAGGCAUUGAGGAGCACUGGUGCACCUGCGAACCCUACAAGACUAUCACGGGACUGAGUUGGACCACUCCAAUUGCCCACAGUGUGAUCGAUCGAAUGAACGAGUAUUUCGUUCAAAAGAACCUAACAAGCCUCUGCAGCAAUCUGACAUUAAACUAUAUCCAUAAGACUGAGUUGAAAACGGGCCUGAACAUUGAUUGGCAUCAAGAAAUAAAAGAAAUGGAAACUGCUGUUUAUCGUACAAAGUUCAAAGUGAAACAGAAUAGUGCUGACUUCCAAGCCACAGUGGUCUACCAUAAUUCCACCAAAUAUGCCGAAGUAGAUGUGGAGAAAAUCAGCAGAACGAACUCCUACAAAAAUGACUCCACUUGCAUUGAUGAUAAGCUUUCGAAACUAUAUUGUAUUUGUUUCAUUGACCUCAACAAAAACUCUUAAGUACAAAUAAAGUUCAAACCUUUACGUUUGUU